AAGCACACAUUGUAAAAGUGAGGAAAUUCUUAAAUUUAUUUCUAAAUAUAUUGGGGAGUUGUUUAUAAGUACCGGUUGUUGUAUUAUCGCUGUGCAUAAGAAUUAACUAAGAUGCCAGAGAUCGGCAAGAAAAUUGGUGAAUUACGAGUCUGUGAUUUGAAAGAUGAGCUUGAAAAGCGAAAGCUAGAGACUGUGGGUCCAAAGGCUGUGCUUAUCGAGCGUCUUGAAAGGGCACUAAAAGAAGAGGGCGUCGAUCCCAACACACAUUUGAUUGAAUCUGCUGUUAAGGCAAAGAAGUCAUUGCCGAUACCAAUGAAGGAUACAACUGAUGUUCUAAUUAAGGCAGAACCAGUCGAUACUGAAGAAGGAAACCAAGCACCGGGUGAAUACGAUGGAAGUGGUGAUGGGGAAGACAGUGCCCAUCACGCAGUUGAUGACGGGCACGAAAUAGACCAAGUGGGCGAUGUUGACGAUGUAUGUGUCAUAUUAGAUGAUGAUGAAGAGGAUGUAGAAACGUACGCCCAGGAGAAAAAUGACAAUGAAGCGACCCAUGAAGCAGACGUACCAGAAGACGGCGAAGGUGAGCCUGCCGGUUUCGAAGAGAUGCAGGAAGAGAAUACAGGAGACACUGUAAACAUGGACAAUGAUGAGUCCAUUAACUUGACAAUUGGUGAAGAAGAACAAAAACUAUUACAUGAUGAGGCCCCUGACGAUAAGUCUAUUAAGUCGGUAAAACCGGCAAAUAAAACUGAUAAAUUGAGCACAAUUGCUAAGGACGGUGAUAAAAAGAUUCACAAGGAUGAUGAGGGAGCUCGUUCAAAGAAGAAGGAUGAUAAAUGUACUGAUAAAAAGGAUUCUAGCGACCAAAAAUCGGCUUCGAAAUCGUCGAAUCAAAAAGACGAUAAAGAGAAAACAUCGACAACAGCAGCGGGUACAGCAUCGGCAUCAUUGGGUGCCGCUGCCAACAAGUCGGGAUCAGCCGGAGGUACAGGCGCAGCUGGUGCUUCGACCAGUGCUGCUGGCAAGCAGGCUUUGCUGUCACGUAAUCUCUGGGUAUCCGGUUUGUCUACUUUAACGCGCGCUAGCGACUUGAAGGCCAUUUUCUCGAAGUUCGGCAAGGUGAUCGGAGCUAAGGUGGUCACCAAUACCCGUACUCCUGGCACACGGUGUUACGGCUACGUAACCAUGUCGUCAUCCGGAGAUGCUUCGCGCUGCAUUGAGAACUUACAUCGUACGGAGCUGCACGGCCGAAUUAUAUCAGUGGAACGCACCAAGAACGAAAUUGGAGGCAGCGCAAGUUCAUCCAAAGAUGUUAAUAACAAGGGUAAUAACAAGACGAACAGCAAGUCCAGCAUUGAAUCGAAGAAGAAGGAUGAUGAUAAGAAGUCUGGCGCCAAGGGUAACGGGGGUGAAGACAAGAAGAGCAGUGACGUCAGUGGGGACGGUAAAAAUGCAGGCGGGGAAUCUAGCAAUAAACGCGAUGGCAAAGACAAGGACCGCAACAGCAAGACAUCACGUGAUGACAAGGACAAGUCAUCAACAGGAAAUGACAAGCGCCAUGAGCGUGAUCACCGCUCUGGCACGGGUCACAAAUCUCAGCACCGUGGUGAAUCUAAUGAGCGUCGAUCGGCCCGCCAACCACGAGAUGACCGUGAAAUUCAACAGCGUCAACGUGAACGUGAGCGACGCCAACGUGAGAUGCUGUCCUAUCAGAAGAUUCGUGAAGAGCGGGAACGCCAGCGUUUGCGUGAACGAGAGCGUGAGCUACGCGAGGAGGAGCGACGUCGGCGCGAAGCACGUGAACGCCAGCGCAUUGAGGAGGAACGCCUGGCCGAAGAAAGACGCAAGCUGGCCAUCGAGCGGGAGCGCCUUGAGCGUGAGAAGGCUGAACUGCUGCGCAUGGAACGGGAGCGUCAGAAGCUGGAGCGUGAGAAAAUCGAGCUGGAGCGCCUCGAAUUGAAGCGUCAACAGAUGAAGAUUAUGGAAUCACGUGAUGAUCCAGUUAAGCGUUCGCUAAGCAAGCGGGCUGAUGAUCGCUAUACCGAUGUUUCGGACCGCAAGCGUUCCGCGGUCUUUGAUGCCCCACCACCGCCACGCUUUGAUGCAUCUUUGGUUAGCUCACGCAACACCAGUACUUAUGACAAGAAGCAUGAUGAUUAUGGUACUUCAUCGGGCUCCAAGCGUGGACUUGAUGACUACUCAAGCUCCAAACGCCUUGAAUAUUCCUCAAAUAAACGUGGCGAAUAUGGCAGUUCCACUGGCACCAAGCGUGGUGCCAUUGAUGAAUAUACUGCGGUGCCUAGCAAGCGUUCUGGCAAUGAUUAUGGUUCAAGCUCCAAGCAUGAUUACUCGUCGUCCACUACCAGCAAGCGUGAAGAUUACAAACGCGAGGUGGAGGUACGCCAUUUGCCAGUUUCGUCAGGUGGUGUUAGCACUGGUGGCUCUAGUAGUUCUUACGUUCACAAGAGCAACACGGGCGGCGGUGCCGGCUCAUAUGUGCACAAGAACAACACUAGUAAUGUUACCGCAUCCUAUGGUCACAAGAACAACACAAGUGGUGGGACUGGCGGUGGUAGCGGUCGGUACAAUGAUGCCGAUCGUAGCAAUACAUCUAAUUACAGACGUGGCGGCGUUGACGACAUGUCACAUAGUAACAAGCGCUAUGAUAACUCGACCAGUGGUGGAGCAACCAGUGGAUAUGGCAGCAACUCGAACAACGUUAACAUAUGGGCACCAUCCAGCGGUGGCAGUGGCAGCGCUCAUCUGGGGGGUGGUGGAGGACCAUUGAAAUCUUAUGGCAACAAUGGAAUGUCAUCAAACAUGCAUGGAAAUAAUUCGUGGCAAAAGUCGGCCACUAUCGAUGACAGCUGGCGUCCAAUGCAGACACAGAGCCGUUUUGACCGUAGUUACAACGAACGCUCCAGUGGCUAUCAAGGCAACAGCGGAGCUGGUGGAAUGUACGGUGGCAGUCGCCCAGCACAAGACCGCUAUGGCGGCCAGGUGACGCGCUAUUAGAUUGAUCUGCAAGCACACACAUUUUAUGAGCCAAUUGAAGAUCUUUUACGCACUAUCCCAACAAACUUGAUGAUUUUUCCUGU